AUGGAAAACUGUUCCAACCCUCUUCAAAACCGGCUUUGGGCCUGCAUUCCACAUGCGAUUUCAUGCCUUUUCAGUGGACCACAAGUCGCUUUUCAUUACGUGGACCGUAACACAUGCAACAUGGAACGCCACGCGCUCCAAAUCGUGCUGCUCGCUUUCCUCCUGGCUGCCGCGGUGCCCUGCGCCGCGUCUGAGGCCUCUGGAUCAGAGCCUGAGCCAGAUUUCACCGUUACCAUUAGCAAAGAGGGAAUUGCAGAAAACAGCCGACGGGAGUUUUCGCUCGGCCCUUCCGCCACUCUCCGUGUUGUCGACGAGACCGGCAAAGCGACUCUCCUGCCGGCUCCGACCACCGCCGGCGACAGUGAGGCGGGGCAGUACAGCGUCGCGUACGUGUUUGAGAACGGGCAGUGCAACUUCGAAAAAACAGUCGCAUACAAGGACGCCUUCCCUGGCUACUCGCAACAAUUAUGGGUCCGUACCGGAACUGAGACUAGCGCCGGGGAAGAGGGUGCAGGAGAAGUUGGGAACUACACAUUUACGAAUCCUCCUGAUGAGUAUUUGAGUGGAGGGGUCAGUUUCUGUGUCCGGUUCACGACAUCCCGAUCGACGACAACCACCACCACGACCACGCCAACCACAGCGACUACGCUAACGUCAGCCACAACGGGAAAAACCUCAGCAGGAAAAAGCGACGUCAGCGGUGGAGGCACAACUGGUACCGAAUCCGCCGCAUUACUGCGUGAUCAGCAGAACUAUCCCGAGAAAGAAGAAGCCCCUGCCCAUCCUCCAAUACAAGAAGCUGUCGGUGGUAUCAUGGCGGCCAGUUACCUGGAGUAUGACGACAGCCGCAAAGAUUCCUCCGUCACCGUGGAAAACCUGGAUGUCCCCGUGGCGAAACAAACAACCCCAAAGCAGGAAGAGUCUGUCCAAACUCCUAGUCAGUCGAGUUCCUCCGGUGAGCUCCCCGCGCAGGACCUCGCCGCACAAGAUGUGACAACUACCGCAUCUUCCACAUCGGCGAGUAGGGCAGCUCCAUCCGCCACAGAAGAACCAGAAACAGUAAACAGUCCUGCCGUCGGAACGAUACUGCAGCCCAGCACACUCGUCGACACUCCGGACAACAAAGGUACUGACGGUGAUGUCCACAGUCGCUUGAGGAGGCUUUCAGACUCAGAUGUUUCCGAAGUGAAAUACUUAACGAUCGUCGUGCACUCCGAUGCUGACUGUUCUACGGCCGGAACAUUGACGCUGUCAGCUGCUCUGUUGGCUUUGACAGCCUCACUCCUCUCCAGCUUCUAA